AUGUCGAUACCAAGCUCGUUUGACCCUGAAAAUCCCCAAAACUUGGAGGAUAUGGAAAAACAGUUCGCUGUCAAAGCUGUCCAACAAAUGACCACAUAUUGGGCCCUCCUAGAAUCGAGACGGGGUUCUACACUGCGCUUGACGAAAAUGGACGACGAGAUAUACGACAAUUUUAUGAAAUUAUUCCCGGAAUUUAAUCCCGCGGAGACAAUUGACGAGGAUCAGAUGAAGAGUAAAGAAGGCAAGGAGAGGUGGAGAAAUUUCAUUAUGCCCUACGACAAGAAGAUUGACGAUUAUAAUUUCGGGACUCUUUUAAGAGCGAAUCCUAAAUUCGAGUAUGGAGAAAAGGAGACAAUUUUUGUCGUUCGGAUGCAAUUCUACGCCAUUGAGAUUGCAAGAAAUCGAGCUGGGCUGAACGAUUGGAUAUACGAGAAAGCACACCCUGAGACGAAAAAGGAAUCCUCAUAA